AUGGUCACUAAUUUGGGUUUGAGAAAAGGCGCAUGGACUGCAGAAGAAGAUAUCCGUCUGAGGAAGUGCAUUGGCGAGCAUGGAGAAGGAAACUGGCACCUAGUUUCUCUCAAAGCAGGUUUAAAUAGAUGCCGAAAAAGCUGUAGGCAGAGGUGGUUGAACUAUCUACGACCCAAUAUCAAGAGAGGGAACUUCUCAACAGAUGAAGUGGACCUAAUAAUCAGGCUCCAUAAUCUCUUAGGAAACAGAUGGUCGUUGAUUGCCGGAAGGCUUCCAGGAAGAACAUCUAAUGACGUGAAGAACUAUUGGAAUAUAAACAUGCACAAAUACAUGAAAGAAAAGCCAAUACUUGACCUGAAGGAAGUGAGCGUAAUAAAACCUCAACCUCGGGUCCUGCCUAAAAAUUUUACCGUGUUAAGUGGGAAACCUACAAUCAAAGAAACCAGCUUUCGACCAAAGGAUGAUGUAAUUAGAAACACUUCUCCAACAAUGGCAUCGUCGACGGUGAUCAAUACAUGUAAAAGGUGGACAGCGCAGUUAGAUAACUUCCAAGGCAACGAAAGAACUGCAUGUAGAAUAAGUGAGCUUGAUGAAGAGCCAGAUCUUUGGUGGAAAAACAUGUUAGAUGACUCUGAGAUUAGUGAUGUUCAAAGAGCCACAUGCACCAUAACUAGUGAGCUUGAUAAAGAGCCGAAUCAUUGGGAGAAAAAUGUUUUAAAUGACGGUGGAGGUGAUAUCCAAAGAGCCGCAUGGAGCAUGAGUGGGUUUGAUGAUCAAGAGCCAAAUAUUUGGGAGAAAAAUCUUUUAAAUGACUGCGAAGGUGAUAUCCAAAGAGCCGCAUGUAGCACCAUAAGUGGGUUUGAUGAUCAAGAACUGAAUAUUUGGGCGAACAGAACUUUACUGCCCGAAGCACACUUUGUUGGGUCCACUUUUGACGAGGAUGACUCGAUUUGCACUGGGGCUGAUUUCUCUUUCGAUAAUGGUCUGUGGGAUUUUCCCAAUACAAAAUAA